AUGGGUUCGAGACAAAUACCUCUCUGCAGCAUCUCAGUGCGGGAAGGAGGUGAGACUUACUUCUGGUUUGAUCCUUGGACACCUUAUGGUAUCUUGAUUGACUAUUUGGGACCUUCGGGACCUAUGGAUUUGGGAAUUCCACUGAAUUCUCUGGUUUCCUCUAUUACUCAAGGUUCUGCUUGGAUCUUAAGACCGGCCAGGUCUAAGAGACAACUGAAUCUUCAUGUCUAUCUCACUUCAUUCUCUCCUUCUCCUGGAUCAGAUGCUGCUAUUUGGAAAGUUGAAGACAUAAUUUGUACUAAAUUCUCUACUAAGGAUGUUUGGAAGUCUAUUAGGAUGGCUAAGCCUUCUGUUUCUUGGGCGAGAUUCAUAUGGAAUCAGGCAAUUAUACCAAAGUAUAGGAUUACCUCUUGGUUGUUCACCCUCAAUCGUAAUCCGACUAUGGAUCGUAUGAUGUCUUGGGGACUUGAUUUGGAGAAUUGUUGUUUGCUUUGUGGAAGCGCCCCUGAAUCUAGGGAUCAUUUGUUUUUUGUAUGCCCCUAUUCCUCUCUUGUUUGGAAAGCUGUUAUUGGGGUGCUUGGUUUCACUAACCCUCCACUGCAGUGGGAUUCUGUUUUUGAGUGGUUUGUUUCUGCUUCUUUUAACCGGAUUCAACUUGCUGCGGUGCUUCAACUCUGGCACGGUUCUAUAUAUGUUAUAUGGCAAGAGCGCAAUGCUCGAUACCAUAACGGUCUUACGAAAUCUCAUUGGAUGUUAUCUCAAGAUGUCAUCAAACAGGCAAAGGAUAAGUCUUCAGCUAUGCGAAACUGUGGAUCUGAUCUUGGCUUUAGUUUGGUGGCGUUCUGGUCUACGUUUUAA